GGGUGACAGGUUUGCCCCUGGUCUCUUUCUGCCACCGUUCUGUACCGUCCUGCCGGCAGCUUGCUUCCUGCUGCUUCCCAGAGCCUGUGGGGAUUCUCCUCAUUUUCAAAACUGCCAGCCUAAUUGGAGGAUUGUAAGAUCUGCACAGCAAAUUUUGGGUUAAUAACCAGAAGAUAGAACUCAACACGUAACAGCUAUAAAACUCUCACUCUCUUUCUGUCUGUAACAUCAGGAUUUGGUCAGGUGCUUGUUAAGAAUGCAAGACAAUAGUUUAGAGGCGUCCACAUCAAUAUCUCAGCUUUUGAGAGAGAGUUAUUUGGCAGAAUCCAGAAUCCAUCAAAGGCACAGUGAAGUGAGCCGAUCAGAAAGCAAUUUGCAGCACUCCUAUGAAAAUAAAUCAGGAAAUUCUGAAGACCUGGUGACCCAGGAUGACUUCACCGAUCUCUCAGCCUUUUUAAGCCAGGAGGAACUAGAUAAAAGUGUGAAUCUCGCACGGGAGGCUAUUGCUCAAUGCCCCAAGGAGUUAAAAUUAGGAGAAAAGGAACAGGGUAAGACCCCAUUGGUUGACUUAGGAAGCCAAAAGACAGCUCCUGUGAUAAUAGAGAAACAAACAUACUCCAGUUUCCGACAAGAGAAUGUUUACAAAAGCUCCAGAGAUUCUCUGGAGGAUCCAAGAAAGACAACCAGGAACAGCCCCUAUGGAUCUGAAUCACAGUCUAAAAAGGAGUUUCUAAAUAAGGCUGCUGAUUUUAUUGAAGAACUUUCUUCUCUUUUCAAAGCCAACAGUUCAAAAAGGAUCAGGCCCCGGUCAUGUAAAGCUCACAGGAGCAGAUACCAAAGUAAAGCUCAGCCAGAAAGCUCCUCUUAUUCAUACACCAUCGAUGAGAGAGAGAGACCUGCUGCCCCUAUAGCAAGCCAACUAAUUGAAGAAGUGACACCAGAUGAAGAUGAGCCUGAAAUGCUGCCCGAGGAAGUAGAUGAGAACACAGAAGAAGUUACUGAAAUAGAGCCUUUGGAAGAAUCCACUGAGGAAAGUGCAUCGGACACUUAUUACAGUGAGCAGCCACUAGGAGUUCCUCCCGGGUUUAUUCAAAAGCUAAAAAGCAGAGAGGUACCAGAAGGUAGUAAGGUUCAGCUGGAUUGCAUUGUUACAGGAGUCCCAACCCCUGAAGUACGAUGGUUCUGUGAGGGGAAGGAGUUGGAGAACAGCCCAGAUAUUCAGAUUCUCAAUGUUGGGGAGCUGCAUUCCCUGAUCAUCACUGAGGCAUUUGAGGAGGACACUGGACGCUACUCUUGCUUUGCUUCUAAUUUCUACGGGACUGACUCCACCUCUGCUGAGAUUUACAUUGAAGGUGCCUCAUCAUCAGAAUCUGAAGGAGAGCAAAACAUCGACAACAUGCCACAAAUUCAGAAGAAAACUUCAGUAUCUACAACUAUCACCAGCACUACAUCUGGAUCGGAAGCUACUUAUCAAGAGACUAGCACUGUCCGAGCGGCCAGAACUCAGCCUGUGACUCAGCUGCCAGCAGAGAAGUGCCAAAGCCCCAGCAACUAUCCAAAGGGGUUAGAUGGAAGACCGUUAAUGGCUGCUCCAGUGUUCACAAAGAUGCUUCAGGAUUUGAUGGCAUACGAAGGACAGCUGGUAGUACUUGAAUGCCGAGUGAAAGGAGCUCCAUCUCCUAAAGUGGAGUGGUACAGAGAAGGAACAUUAAUUGAAGAUUCUCCUGAUUUUAGAAUUUUACAAAAAAAGCCCAGGACCUUGGCUGAACAAGAAGAGAUUUGCACCUUAGUCAUUGCAGAAGUAUUUCCAGAAGACUCUGGGACAUUCACGUGCACUGCAAGCAACAAAUAUGGCACAGUUUCAAGUAUUGCCUCCUUAAAUGUAAAAGGCAAUCAGAAUAAUAGUUCCACCUUCCAGGUGACUCACACUAGCCUAAUGGUGGAAUCAUCUCAUCAGAAAACAUCCCGAGCAGCAACAACUGACCCCCCUGGCUGUUUGAAAACCAAACUGGUGAACCACAAUGAGCCCCGCUCUAGCUCCAAAGCUGGCCUUCGCGUGCAUUUUAAACUACCAGAAGACGACAAGGAGAGUGAAGAUUCGUCUGAGGAAGGAAUUAUUUUCCUCAAGCAGCAAAAGUCAGACUUGAGAAAUGCAAAUGGACAGCUAUCUGGGAAAGAGCCCCCGCCAGUUCUUGCAAAGCCCAAACUUGAUCCUGUACAACUCCAGCUUCUUCACAACCAGGUGUUGCUUGAGCAACAACAAGAGAGUGGGACACACUCACAGAUGAACCCUUCAUUCACCAUGAGUGUAGGGCCAGUUAACUCUGGCCCUGCCACCUUUCAGCAGCCUCCCACCUCACCCCCCAGCAGUGGCCUCCCACAGACCUUCAACUAUGCAAGGCCAAAGCAGUUUAUUGCUGCCCAAAGUGCCACACCAGUUACCAAUCUGCCCUCGACUGAAUCCCCAGUCCUGUCACCAAAUUUCACACCCCCAGUGUCUCAGACUUCAAGGAGUGAAACCUGCUACAUAGGAUCCCCCUACUCGGGAUUCUCCCAGCCCAGGGUGCUGCAGUCUCCCACCAGUCCCACCAGAUUUGUCAGCUCCCCGCCGCCCGCUCCAUCGGUGUUCUCUCCUUUCACUAUACGACCUCAGUCCCCCUUGCAGGCGGCCUCUCCCACUCUCAGCAGCUCAACACCAAGCCCUAUCCAGGAUCCUGUGGCCUUUCUCAGUUCUGUUCUGCCAUCUCUUCCAACAUCCCCACCAACGAACGCCAUGGGGCUUCCCCGGAGUGCUCCUGCUGUCUCCUCCCAAUUGCUAAUGAAGAAAAAUCUAAAGCCUUCUAGAUCUACAACCGAUGAUGAGAUCCGUGACUCGAAAGAUGCAGUCCUUCAUGACUUGGAGAAGAAGCUGAGAUUUAAAGAAGAACCAGCACAUAAUGGACAGCAUAGAUUCACUUAUGAGGAAAAAAUGGCCCGCAGACUGCUUGGACCAAAUAACUCACCAACGGUUUUCAACUUUGAAGAGGUGCAAGAAAGUCCUCCUUCACAGGACUUUAAAUAUAUGAUAGAGUCAACCCGCAACACUCUUGGUAAACAACAGGAAUACAAAGUUUCCAAUUUUGAGCAAAGACUGAUGAGUGAAAUUGAGUUUCGUCUUGAGCGCACUCCUGUGGAAGAAUCAGAUGAUGAAAUUCAGCAUGAUGAAAUCCCUACUGGGAAGUGCAUUGCCCCAAUAUUUGACAAAAAGCUGAAGCAUUUCCGAGUGGUUGAAGGAACUGCUGUUACAUUCACCUGUAAAGUGGUGGGAAUUCCUGUCCCGAAGGUGUACUGGUUCAAAGAUGGAAAACAAAUCUCCAAGAAAAACGAGCAUUACAAAAUGAAGAGGGAAGGAGACGGCACCUGCUGCCUGGUCAUUGAAGCAACGACAAACGAUGAUGACGGCAACUACACUAUCAUGGCAGCAAACCCACAGGGCAGAAUCAGCUGCUCUGGGCAUUUGCUUGUACAGACUGGACCAAUACGACGCAGGCUAACUCCAACUAUUCAUUCGCAAAGGGUCCGAUCACGAUCACAGGAAGGGGAUGAAGGAGAGCCGAUCCAGGAGCGAUUCUUUAGACCUCACUUUCUUCAAGCUCCAGGAGACCUAGUAGCCCACGAAGGCCGACUUUGCCGACUUGACUGCAAGGUGAGUGGAUUGCCAAAUCCUGAUCUGAUGUGGCUUCUGAAUGGCACACCCAUUUACACGGACAACAACCACAAAAUGCUAGUAAGGGAAAAUGGUGUCCACUCUCUCCUCAUUGACCCACUGAUGCAGAGUGAUGCUGGGACCUACACUUGCAUUGCAACCAACAAAGCAGGGCAGAAUUCCUUUUCCCUGGAGCUCUCUGUUGUAGCAAAAGAGGUUAAAAAGGCCCCAGUUUUUCUGGAAAAGCUGCAAAACACAGGGAUACCUGAAGGGACUCCGGUGAGGCUAGAGUGCCGAGUGGUGGGUAUGCCACCUCCUCUGAUCUUCUGGAAGAAAGACAAUGACACCAUCCCAGUAGUCAAGGAGAGAAUGAGCAUGCACCAGGAUGCCACAGGAUAUGUUUGUCUGCUGAUUCAGCCAACCAGAAAAGAGGAUGCUGGUUGGUAUACAGUAUCAGCUAAAAAUGAAGCAGGGAUAGUAUCCUGCACAGCCAGGCUAGAUAUAUAUGCCCAGUGGCAUCAGCAGAUUCCCCAGCCAAUGAAGAAGGUUCGGUCAUCGGGUAGCCGCUAUGCUGCCCUCACCGGUCAGGGGCUGGACAUUUUGUCUGCCUUCCCUUCAACAGACAGCAGCCCUUCACCAUUCUCCCCUUCAGCAGAAGGGACUGUCGAGAGUGAAGAGCUGUGAAGAUAUCCAUUCUAAGCUCUCUGAACAUGGCAUGGGAAAGAGAGAUUGUGGAGGGAAAACAAAUGAACUUGGAGACUGUGGUUUGCCAAGAGCCAGUUCUCAGAGCAUUUGCUCAGUCACAUGCAAUCAACACUAAAACAGCUAGAGCUUGAAGCUUUCCUUCUGUUUGUGAAACCUUUUACUUUCCUCUAGUACCAUGCUGCAACUGAAAUGAACAGUUUAGUAUCGCCUUCAAAAUGCUGGAUCAUAACUGGUAGACACAAUAUGUCAAAACACGUCUUGUGGUACUUGAUAUCCCAAACAUCAAUGGCGAAUACUGGUUUGGUAGGGGUUGUUCCCCCAAAAUGUUUGUAUUUCAUUUUCAUGUAAGUACAAGCAGCAAUUGUGUUAAAAAAGCUUUAGCCAAUAAUUCACUCGCAUUGCAUCUUAUCAGACGGUUGGUUUGACAGGUAUUUUAAAUUCAUACAUAGAAAGAGGGCUAAAGUAGUGUAUGCGUACACACACAGCAAAUUUAUAGACAGUUCUUAAAUUCUUUGUGUUGAGUUGGUAUGUGUAAAUAACACAUUAGUAUACAUAACUUUACUGGUAUACAAACAGCACUCUUAACAUAACAUACCAUUACUCUUACCAUAUUGUUUCAAAUUGGGUUUUUUUCUGCCAACAUGUCUACAUUAACCAUACAGCACAUAUAAAAUGCAGUGAUUCCAAUAAUAGACAAUUUACCAACUUGAAUUUGAAAGUUAAAUGGGGCAGACAUACAGUGGUACAUCCACUUGUUUACUUAGUAAUAUGUGCCAUCCCACUACACUGGUACAUGACAGAGCAGAUCUGAAUGCUAUAAUCAUGCUGCCUACAGAAUUGUGACAAUUAAUUAAUUGACUGCCAGUAUAAGCAUAUUCAUACACAACAUACACACACCGUUUUUAUAGACACCUUCAUAAAUAUACAUAUAUAUAUAAAUAUAUAUAUAUAUAUAAUAUAUAUAUAUACAGUCAUUGACACACAUUGUAUAUGGUGGCCAUUUUUGGAACUUAUUCCUAUCUUCAUUUCUGUGUGGUCAGCAUUUGUGAACAUAGCACCUCAGUAUAUGCCGUGCAUUAUAACAAUACCACAUUUCCUUUAAUACACUGUGUUUUUGGCAGACAUGGCAGUCAUAAUUUUUAUACAUAAAACACAAGUUUACAAAUCACUAACAAGUCACCGAUUAUAAGUCCAAACAAGAGGACAGAUGUAGAGUGCUGGGUGCACUUGUUCACUCAGUAUUGUGUACUACUGCAUUGCAUUGGCACAUGAACAAAUGUUACAUGAAAAAUGGAAUAGGCAAUCUAAAUGUUUAAAUAUACACAAAAAUACUUACUUUUACACCAUAUUACAUGUACAUAUAAAGAGGACAGCUCUCAAGUUGCAGUAUGAAGGGUUGCUGUUCCAGGUAACUUUGUGUAUCUUUAUUUUAUGUGCGCAUUGAAACCACAUAUGUAAACAUAAGACAUAUACUUGAUUGUAGCAAUCAGUAUAUACAAAGUUUACACUGACAGCUUUUUUAAUUAGAUAUUCCAUAUAUUUGCCAUCCACAGCUUUAUUAUUGAUGAAGGACACACAAAAUACAAACCUACAAAUCAACAACAUGUUACUAAUGUUAACGUGGGAUGACUAGUGUGCUCGGUCAUUCAUUAAUGUGUAUGAGUGGCACCGUUAGGCAAUACAUGCUGAAUACUAUGCAAAGAAUCGUAAAGAUCAGGUAACCCAAUGACCUCCAUUAUAAACAUACAAAUACACUAUCUACAGUAUUAACUCAAAUAAGCAGACUAUAUGAACAGCAUUUAUUACAUGUACAUAUGUGUGAAAAACAUUAGACAACAUGGAUACCACCUAUCUGACUUUUUGAACCUGAUGAAGACAAUACAGUUUUCCUUCAUUCUCACCUAUAACAAAGAAGUUACAAACACAUGAAAUAAUAAGAGCAGACAAGCACGAUUAUAACCUCUGAAAUAAUUUUAUUUUUGAUAGUUAAUUUUCAUAUUAGGUAUCCCAUAUACUGUAUAAUUCAAAGUGUGUUUAUUCAAAAAUGAAAUAUAUAUACAAGGUGUCUGAGAGAAUAUUAUGAAUGUGGAGAGUUGCAAUCCAACAAUACUUUGUCUGAAUGGUUUGUUAUAUUUAUUUGAGAAUUGUUGGAUUUAUCCUACCACUCUGCUGGCUACAGCAUCAUGUUCAGGGUUUGUGCAAAGUCCCUGUGAUGAAUGACAUUUUUUUUUACUGAAGAUCACUUUCAUUUAGUUUUGCCAUUUGUGGCCUUAGAUCUUUUACAGUGCUUUCAAUGAAUAACAAAACAGAGAAGGCCACCAUGUGGAGUAUUUUAACAGCUUGCAGAUUUAUACUGGUGCACUUUUUUAGGAUUAAGACUUAUUUUAAUUAUUCAGAUGUGACAGGCACCCCACUGCAGGUGUUAAAAUACUUGCCUGCCUUUUAGUACCAUGAAUGUGAUAAUGAAGUAAAUUUUUUUGGAGUGUACAGUAAAUAUCAUUUUUACAGCAGCAAUGCUUUGGCUAGUGGGUGUUAAAAACUGAUGUCUCUCCUUUUCUCUUCAAUUCCCUCUUCCAGUGACUGGUUUACAGUGGAGUGAGUGAUGUCAGUCAAUCACUCAUUGUUUUAUAUGGUGCCAUUUAUCAAGAACGCUAACCCUUUGUUAUAAAAAUGUGAUAAAAGAAGAAAAAGACGACCACCCCUUAAAAUUGUAAUACUCUUUAGUUCAUAAAAAAUAGAUCAUUUAAAAAUAAGUAAUCUGUUAUUCCUGCCAUAGAUGUCACCAUAUACCUGUGACUGCCAUUUCUUGGUGUUGUUUGUUUAAUGGCGCAUAGAGAAAAGUCUUCCAGUGCUCAAAAAGAAUAUCAGUUAUAACACCUUCAAUAGAAUAACCAAAUGCCUACCACUAAAAGAAUGUCAUAAUAAUGAAGAUGAUUAAUAUUGAAGUAUAUUGGGCUGGAUGUGCCUGUUUGUCUGUCUGCUUUUUUUCAGAAUGUAAUGGUUGUUUCAAUUUUUUUAAAUGGUAACCUUACCAAAGGUAAAGGAAUUAAGUUGGACAUGCUUAGAAGUGAUCAACAGUGUGUACUUAGCUUAUCGCUGUUUAAAACAUUAACCUCCAGACAAACACUUUUUCAAUUUAAAAUUUAGCUACUUAGGUUUUAGUACAGUUCACUGUUCAACUGAAAACAAAGGUGUACAUUAAAAUGAGAAAUAAGGGAAAGGUAAGAAUUUAGAAAACAAAUGUUAACUGCACCUGCAUCCCACCUCCUUCAUUGCAUAACACAAAAGCACUUGAUAUGUAGAAUACAGCACAGUUCAGGCAGCCACUUAUUCAAAGAGGGAGAACCAAGGCUGGCGUCUUCAAUGUUUUGUUCACAUGAUACACUAUGUGGGUCAUAAACAUCUAUGGACAUGAAAAGUGGAGAUUUCUUCUUUUCCAUUAUAAGAUUGCUUUAUGACAAAGUCAUAAAGGAAAGUUUGAUUUUCCCCACCAUCCUAAUAAAAAAUGGUACGUGAAUA